AUAAAAAUAUAUUCAGUGCGAAAAUAAAUACUCUAAAGUAAGAAUCCGACGUCACCGUACCUUUGACCCUCUUUCUCUCUUUCCGCUUUAAACCCUCUCUUGUCUUCUCACUCUCUUGCUUCUCUCUCUUUCUCUGUUUCUCAAUUUCUCAAUUUCUUCGUUAUAAUUUACAAACAGAUUUUUUAUUUUUUUUAUUUUGAAAUUUCUUUCUCAGUUACAGUUACGGCGGUUACGAUGGUUAGAGACGAUUUGUACAUCACGGUGCCGAGUUUAUUCCGGUGUCCGAUAUCGCUUGACGUGAUGAAAUCUCCGGUGAGUCUCUGUACCGGAGUUACGUACGACCGUUCAAGUAUCCAACGCUGGCUGGAUAACGGGAAUAACACUUGUCCGGCCACUAUGCAGAUUCUUCAAACGAAGGAUUUCAUACCUAAUCGCACCUUACAGAGGCUAAUCCAGAUCUGGUCCGAUUCAGUUCGCGACCGAGUCGACUCGCCUGAUUCGCCUCUAUCCGGUGGCUCGUUUGAUAAACGUGAUCAGUUACUUGUCGCUUUGACCGAUUUGGAGUCUGGCAGUGAGAACAGGUUCGAGUCGCUUGAGAAAAUCGUUGGGUUCGCUAAAGAUUCUGAUGAGAAUAGUGUUUUUCUGGCGAAAACUGAAGGCUUCGUGGCGUUGUUGGUAGGUUUUCUGGAAAAUGUUGACGGUGGAGUGGAACGGAGUGUGGAAUUGCUUGAGCAGGUUGUUAUUGCGUUGGAUUUGGUUCUGAGUAAAAUUGAGAAUCGCGAGUCGAUUCUGAAGAACCAGAAGGAGAGGGAAGGUGAGAGUGUAGAUUCUUUGCUUCUUGUUUUGAAACAGGGAAGCUCUGAAUCGAAGAUUGCAUCGAUUAGGGUUUUGAAAUCGAUAGCCGAUGACAUGGAAUCGAAGCUUCUAAUAGCGGAGAAGGAAGGUUUAUUAUCUCAACUACUCAAUCUAAUCACGCCGGAGAAUGAUGUAAACCUAAUCGAGAACUCACUCUCGUGUCUGGUGGCAAUAUCAACGCCGAAGAGGAACAAAUCGAAAUUGAUUCAUCUCGGAGCAGUGAAAGUAUUCUCGAACAUUCUAACAUCAUCUUCGAAUUUGAGUGUUUCGGUGACGGAGAAGGUGCUGAAACUACUUGAAACGGUGUCGUCGAUGAAAGAAGGGAGGUUGGAGAUAUGCGAAACACCGUCCUGCGUGGCGGGGAUAGCAAACAAAGUCUUGAAAGUGUCCGCCGUAGCGACGGAGCACGCGGUUACGAUACUAUGGAGUGUAUGUUAUUUGUUUCGUGAUCAGAAAGCGCAAGAAGCGGUUACGAUAGCUAAUGGAUUGACGAAGAUUUUACUUCUGAUGCAGAGUAAUUGCACGCCACAUGUUCGUCAAAUGUCCGUGGAUUUGCUUAAGAUAUUUCGUGUUAAUUCUAAGUCGUGUCUUUCUUCGUAUGACACUAAAACGACUCAUAUUAUGCCGUUUUGAUUUUGAUAAAUUUUGUAAAUUGAAAGAAAAUUUUGUUAGUGAAUAGAGAAAAUUGAUAGCAA